AUGAUUGAGUACUGUACGAAGCGGAUUCUUACAAUCGCCCUCGUCAUCCUUGUCGUGGUCUCGUCCAUUAUAUUCUUCAUAGAAGAGUCAGUCACAUUCGCCCUACGCCCGCCGCGAACUUUUGACCAUGUUAAUCCUUGCAUGGAGAACCAAUCAUUCCAUUACCUAACAUCCUGUCAACCCUGCGAUCGAGUUGACAUGAAGUCAGAUCCAGCCUGCAAGAAAACUGGUCAUCGAGUAAAAGUUGUCUGCAAUGCAAUCAAACUGAACGGUGAUGACAAAAGUGAGAAUAAGAUGGUCGACUCAAGCCCUUCCAAAUGGGUGACCUGUGAUCCGAGAACUUUUAGUGAUCUACACGCAGAGCGGCGCAGUUUUGUUAUCUUUGAAGCCUUUGUUGGCUGCUGUGGUCUCGCCUCCUAUUUCUUUGUGAGGCGACAACAUCGCCGGCUUGAUCAAAGAUUGGUAGACAGGAUUUAUGAAGAAUUGAACUACACUACAUCUCAAAUAGAACAGCCUCGUGCCAACUAUCUUGAAAGAAUUCACGUAGCGUUACAAGAUGGAGUUGCUGCAUUUCAGACCUGUGCAUGCAGUUUGGAAAACGCCGUUGUCCGCGUUACUCUAGGAAAGGCGGCCGUUCUCGCUUCGAUCACCAUACAUGGCUUGUUAAUGCUAAGAUUCGCUUGGAGAGAUGCCUACGGCUCUACUUGCAACGUUUUCUAUCGUUACCUCAUGAACCAGACGGGCGUCUCCGGUGUUUGCCUGUCCUGGUGCCUCCAACUCCUAGGCGCAUUCUUAGCGCUCUAUUGUUCCUACUUCUGGUGGGGACUGCGUCUUUCUACCCACCACGCCUACCUUCACGGUCAACGUCUCCUCCUUCGACAUGCAUAUGAGGGCUAUAACAACGAUGAAUUCAAUGACAGCAUCGGGGAUCUUCACGUUCCCCUCUUGAUGGGAGUUUGCGUGGAAGGCGGUGUCGCCUUUAUUGACGUGGUGUUGGCGGGAGGACUACCCGCUCUUCUGAAUCUCUGGAAACGUCGGUAUAUAGAUGGGAGGCAGGAGGAUUGGUGGAUGCUAGAAUUUGUUGUGUUUUCGGUGAGACAGGCAGUGGUCAUCUACUUGGUGCAUUUGGGUCUGCCUCUAACCGGGGCGUAUGCGAAUGGCGUCAACGCGGUGAUUCAAACCUGGGGUCUCGGGCGCGCUUCCAACCCCUUUCAUCAUCUCCUUGUCUACUGGUUUAGUCCUCUCCUUGGAGUGUGGGGAGGAAUCCUUACUUUAAAGGGGCUUCAAAGUUCCUCCCUCAUGUGGACUAGGCAUCCACCCUCAUCCGUAGGGCUUUUCGACUUUCGUGAAGCCAGUCUUGCUGCCACCAUAAACGCUUCUACCUCCUCAUCCUCCUCCGAUGCGACAACGCCUCUCAUGCACCUGACUAGUCCUUACAAUAUUGCUGGUGAGGGUCUCCAGUUGGCCGCAGUUUGUGCCAUACCGAAGACUUUCCGAUCCAAGUCACUGACACGCCACCGCUCAGAUCGAGUGGCAUGGCGACGUUCCUCGGAAUGCCGGCUCCUUCCGCAAUCUAUCCGUGUUAGUAAUAUUGAUAUCGUCUCCUCAGCUUCGUCAACAGGUUCUCUGAACACCGCUGGACUGGGUGACAGUCGACAGUCUUGUCGUCGCUGUCCCAUUAGGAAUCAAUUAGAGGGCGAGGAGGAGGUGGGCAUAAUGGAGUUCGUCGGGAGGCUGCGCCGUCGAAGAAGUAGAAGCCUUCACACGUCACCUAAUGUUAAUGGUUCUCCAUGA